GCCCCGCGGCUGUUGCUAAGGGCUGGAGGGAGCGGCGGGCUUCGGCGCCUGAUACUGGUAAGGGCGAUAAACAGCCGAGUCGGUAGCUGCCCCCGGCGGGGAAUGGCUUGGCGGCCCGGGAGCGGCCCCUCGCCCCGAUCCAUUGCUGUCUGAUUUCAAAUUUCUCCAAGGAACAUUUCUAGCAGAAAUGGCAGAGAAAGUGAAUAACUUCCCUCCGCUCCCCAAGUUUAUUCCUCUGAAACCGUGCUUCUACCAGAACUUUGCCGAUGAAAUUCCCAUAGACUAUCAGAGUCUGGUGAAGAGAAUUUACCAUUUAUGGAUCUUUUACUGCAUCACACUAGUGGUGAAUCUAAUUGGCUGCCUGGCCUGGUGGAUUGGUGGUGGUUAUGGCGUUAAUUUUGGCUUGGCCAUCCUUUGGCUUUUUCUCUUCAGCCCCUGCAGUUACAUAUGCUGGUUCCGGCCUGCAUACAAAGGCUUUCGGUCUGACAGCUCUUUUAAUUUCAUGGCCUUUUUCUUCAUCUUUGGUGCCCAGUUUAUUCUGACUGUCAUACAAGCGAUCGGUAUCUCCGGCUGGGGAACAUGUGGAUGGUUGGCAGCCACUACUUUUUUUAGUACCAGUGUUGCAGCUGCUGUGUUCAUGCUGUUUCCAGCCAUAAUGUUUACGAUGUCAGCGGUUGCGAUGUCCUUCUAUCUCCUAAGGGUACAUAAAAUUUACCGAGGGGCUGGCGGAAGCUUUCAGAAAGCCCAGGAUGAAUGGAACAGCGGCUCAUGGAGGGACCCCCCGAGCAGGGAAGCUCAGUACAAUAACUUUUCUGGAAACAGUCUGCCACAAUAUCCCACGGUGCCCAACUAUCCCACGGGAAAUCAAUGGCCUUAAGCAGCAACAGCUGUCAAACUGCCUGGAUUAUCUUUUUUGGUCUCCUCAUUAUUAUUUUUAUUAUUAUUUGAAAAGAUCUUUUUUUUUUUUUUUUUUUUUCCCCCAUCAUCUUUGGGUUUUUUUAGUUCCCUCCUCCCCAUGACUGCAGAAAAUCUGUGCACUCAGCCUGUACUGCCUCCAGGGCUUUGCCCAUCUCUAUUGGAACGUUUUAUUUUGUGCACAGUUGCCAGUAUUUGCCUUGCUGCAAACCGCAGAACUAUUCGCUGCCCUUGCUUGGGGGAAUCCUCCAAUGAUCAGUACCCGGAAAAGGCUGAUUUUCCCCUCUGCGAAGAACACUUUAAGAUGCUCUUUCCCUUGCCCUCUUCAUUCUUAUCAGAUGCACACCACCAUCUUCCUGUUACCGAGCAGGGGACAUAAUUGGAAAUGGGCAUCAACUGGCAUCUCCUGAUGAGUUUUCUGGAAUUUCUAUUUCUCAAAGGGAAAUGUCUCAUCUAUUUUAUUUUGUGCCUCGGAAGAUUGAAAUUGGUGGCCAGGGCUCCCUUUUUGUUCAUAAAACCCUUGAAGGUCUAAACUGUCUCUUGAGUUCUCUGUAGCGAGAGAAUGCUUUAGAUAACUCUGCCCACAGUGAGUGAGUGUUGGACACUGCAUCUGAUUAGCAGAACCUCCACUCAGCUGGUGAGGUAUCGUUCUAUUAGAAUUCAUUUUCUUCACCCCCAAAGGUUUUUCUUAUGAUAGGGUCUACAUGUUUGAAAGUACCGGUUCAUCUCACUUGUCUAUAAUCCUUGCUUGCUAAUGGCCUGAUUGAAAGCCCAGUGGAAUCACUGACUUCAAUGGGCUUUGGCUCAGACUGCAUCGGUUAUAGUCACUCUUAUGUAGACAGCCAACACAAGACAUAGGCACCACUUAAGUCCCACUUACGCAGUGUCUAGGUUUUGUGCUGGCCCCACAUGUGCAGGCCCCUCUCCCUCCUGAUUGAAUCUCACCCCAUUGACAAACCCUUAUAAUGUAAAUAAUCUUCUGGCUACAAUUCUGUAGCCAGGUGGUGGAUAACUCUAAAUCUGAAUACUAAGAAUGACUUGUGUGAUUUGGGAGUAACUCCGUUAAAAUGGAUGGAUCAAUCCUGAUUUAUUCUGACAUAGCUGACAUCCGAAUCUGAUCAAGUUUCUCAUGCUUGUGAACUGUUCUCCUGCAACAUGUCACCUGUUAGUUUACAAGACUAUUAAGCAUUUUGUAGUCUAUCCUUUAUUUAGUCAUGCAGGACCACUCCCCAUGUAUACAGCCAAGUGUACAGCUCUUCUCUCUACUUCAGCAUGCAGGCAGAGAGAGGUGGAAUUACCUUUCCCUAAGAAGUUGGUUGAGGGGAAGAUAAAGGUUCUGUUGAGAGGGUCUUUUCUUGUUAAGAACGAGGCUUUGUCUACCAUACAAAUGCUUUGCUGGCCUAGCCGUACUGACCAGAGCACCCUAGUGUAGGCAUAGCGUGUGGCGACAGAAGUUUUUCUGUUGGCACAGUAACAGCACCUCACUGAAUGACGUUAGCUACGUUGACAGAAGCACUCUAAUGCCUGCUUAGUUGUGGCUGUACUAGGGGGGUUUGCUGACACAUCUAUGUUGGCUGGGGGGAUGUUGAUUUGUUUUUUGUUUCACACCCCCAUCAACAUAGCUAUGCUGGCAAAACUUUGUAGAGUAGACCUGGCCACAGUGUGUGUCACAGUGCUGACUUCCUUCCUCUUAUCUAUUUCUCAUGUCACAAGUACUGGAAUCUGUAGGCAGAGCAGUCUAAUUCCUUUCCAUUUCGUACUAGAUCAGCCCAAGCAGUACAAGCUACAGUUUCCCGUUUCUCCUUAAAAAUCCGCUACUCAAUGUUGAGAUUUUUCCAAUCAGCCUGUGAGAUUUGGGUGCCCAAUUUCCGUUAAUUUUUAUGGGAACUGAGCCUCCAAAACCCUGCAGCAGCUUUGAAAGCCUCUGCUAAAGAUCCCGUGAGGUGCUAAAAGCCUUCAGCUUCCAAAGGAGACAUGAGGGAGGUUUUGUAUUUGUUCAGAUCUGCAGACUAGUGUUGGAUUCUGCUCUCAGUCUGGAUUCACAUCAACACGAGUAACUCCAUAGCUAUCAGUGGAGUUAUGCCAAUUUUACACUGAGUAACUGGAAACAGAAUCUGCUCCUGAAAGGCUUAGAAAAGGUCUCCAAGCUGGAUGGAAUCCAUUUGCAAAUCAUCCUUUGAAAAUGGUCUCAAUAAACAAGUGCCUUAUUCAAUAAUAUAUUAGCUCUUAGGGGAGAGUUCUUCUUCCCUUGGUGCCCCAUUCCCCAUUUUGUGUAGUCUUAAUUUUUUCCCUAUAUGCAUAUAUUGUAAAUAUUAGGUAAGUGAAAUGCAUUACCAUGGGAUUUGUGUGACAUCUUUGUUAUCAGAUGGGCCAAAGGAAAAGCAACUGAUUAACACUGGAGGCCAAAGCCUCCUUGAACUUCAGUUUAAAAGCAACAUUUCCCAUUGCUGCAAAGCCAGCCCUUUGCUGGGCCUCUCAAAAUAUCUUUCUAACACAUUCCUAACGCAAUGACUUGUGUCUGUGUGUAUGUGUAUGUGUGUAUGUGAUUUGCUCAUAAACACAAGGACAGAUGCUUGGAGCUUUGCUAACAGAAUACAGUCCAAUCAUGUUGCCGAACUUUUAGUUGCCUUCAUCUUGCAUAGAGUGUUGUGUGCCUUUUCUUUGUGUGCUUGCCAUCGAAAGGGUGGUGAAAGAGAACUGCCUGUCAUUUAACUCCCUGGAAAUACGAACAUGCUGCCCAGGGGAUGGGUCAAAAUUCCCAGUGCUUGGAUCCUGUUAAUGAAAACGGGAGUCCUGCCUGUGAUUUGCCACAUUGGGAAGCCUGAAUAUGGCGUGCCUGCCUAAUCUCAUCCUUGGAGGUGCGGAAUAUCCUCCGCCCCUCUUGGUCAUUCUUUUCAAUAUGGGGUGACUGAGGGUGAGUCGUAAUUCCAGAAAGUUGACUCAAUCAAUGUGCUGCCAGAACUGUUGUGGCUUAUUUUUGGAAUCAUAGCUAUAUUUUUAUAAAUUUAAUGUUUACAUUAGAUUUCCAAGGACCUACCAACGUUUUGGAGAAUUGUUAACCUGGACUUAGCCAACUUUAAUUUUUGUUCUGCAUCAUGUUAUGUGGGAUGCUUUGUGUCGUCUGUGGGGUUCUUUGUUGUUUUCCUUGCAGGCGUCAAAUAAAUCCUCAUUCUAUCCUCCAUGUGAGAAGCCUGGCUACCUUGGAGGUGUGUAUGUAUUCAUGAUGGUUGGAAGAAAAUAGUGAGGUCUAGUUAUCCCCGUUCAGUAUUUCCCUCUCUUAGAAAACUCCAAAGCCUUCUGGGAAAUAGGGGUUUGGACAAGUAAAGGAACAAUGCAUUGUGGGUGAAAUUCACCCCUUUGCUGGGAGUCACUGCAAGGCAUAUGUACUAUUUAAUUUAUCCUCUUUUCGCGCUUUUCAACUAUAGAUCUUUGCAAAGUCCUUUACAAAGGAGGUAUCGUUAUCCCCAUUAUGCAGGUGGGGAAACUGUGGGCAAGUCACUUCUCUGUGUGCCUGGAUUACCCAGAAGGUCAGUGGCAUGGCUGGGAAUAGAACCAAGAUCUCCUGAGUCCUAGUCCUGUGCUCUAUCCACUCGAUAGGUGCUACUUAGGAAAGGUAGUGCUAGGAUUCAAGCUGGUCCUCUGCACAGAGAUGAAUUUCAACCUGAGGGGGUGUUGAUCAGCCUUGGGUUAAACAGGCUUAUGCUGAAUUCAGUCACGUUUAUACACACACACACACACACACACACACACACACACACACCCUCCCUUAAUGUUAUCCUGAAGUUAAGGUGCCUCCUCAAGGUUGCUUAACUUUAGCCAUUUUACUCGGCGCCAGAAAAGCACUUAGCAGAGCAGAUGACAGUGAAAGUCUUCUGUCAACAGUGCAGACCCAUUUGGUGUGUUCACCUAGGCCUACAUUCUGGCCUCAGGAGGUCAGUGGCAGCUUUGCAAUUCCAGUUGACUUAGUGGAAGCAGGAUGUGGCCCCAGGGUGAAAUUCACUGUAGUCUGGAGGACUCGCACAAGGCCCUAGGCACCAUUUAAGCAGGGUGUAGAUAGCUUGUGCUGACUCCCUCCAUGGGGGUGUCGGGAAUAGCGCUGCUAGUGCACCUCUUUGCACUGUUGGCGAUUCGUUAAUGGUAGUAAAUGGCAACUGCUUCAUGGGGUGGUUUGCUGCUGUGAGGUGGACUUUCAUCCCCAGGUCUCUGUUCAGUGCACGGGGAGAGACUCUCCUCUCAGCCAUCGAUCUUGCAAAUCCUUGCGUGGAACACCACAAGUGUCACAAGAGUGCCGCUCGCCAAGCCAAGUGGAGAUCGGCAUAGUCCCUUGCAACGAGUGGUAUUGCAGCAGGAGCCGCUGUGCACUCACUCCCUAGUACACAAGAGCAGAGGGUGGCAUGUGGGCAGAAGUUGGCAAUGUCUUGGGAUGCAGGCAUGACCAUGGCCUUCAUCGUGCUACUGAGGAACUCAGAUGCUCCCCUUUCAGGCCUCCCUCCAGCUAGGGACAGGUGUGACUUGGCACCCACCCAGUCGUGCUCCUGUUAUUUGUAUUGCCUAGGAACUCUAGUCAUGGGCCAGGACUCCAUUGUGCUAGGUGGUGUACAAACCGAGCACAAAAAGUCCCUGCCCCAAGGAGCUUGCCUGUGGGAUCAGGGUUCCCAACUAACUCCCUCUCAGCAGUGGUUACAUCAUGCCCCUACAGUUGGGGAAGAUCAAGGUGUGUGUGUGUCUGGCCCCUGUGACAAUGUGUACCUGCGUGUUUACCUGACUUCUGCCACAUUCCCAAUGCCUGUGUGCAUUUUCCUUGAGCCCAGAACAUGAAUGGUGUGUAACAGAAAGAUUAAACUUGGUUGAGCAGUUUGCUUUUCCCUCUGCUUUUAAAUGGGUGGAUUUUGUAUUCUCUGCUUAUGAAUUAGCCCGAAUUAGCUUAUGCCCCCUGGGAUGAGUGGAGGGUUUGCAGAUGUAUGUUUUCCAACAGUAAUACAGUGGCUUUUAUACCUAGCUUACUAAUGCGACGCUGGAUGUAGAGCAUGAGUUGUAUUGAUCUCUACACUACAUGUCUGUGCUACCCUUUCACACCACUGUAUUUGAUGCUGAAUGACAGCAUGCUGGAGCAUUCUAGUUAAAUAAAAGUCAAACUGUGGUGC